AACCCCGUGGAAUUCGAUUCGGUUCGUCCUCAGGAAACGGCAGCUACAUGAUCGUGUCGGAAAUGCUCCCAGAACUGCUCUUUUCGGUUGGAGGUGGUAUGCAGGACUUCUCGAAGGAUGAUCUAGGAUUGUUGGGAUCGGGCGUAAUCAGCAACGAUAAGGAUCCUCUAGGACACACUCAGCAGACGCAACAACCGCAUGACCAUCACGGUGUACACCACAGUCAUUUACAUUCGACUGGGAGUGGAAACGUCGUCGGGUUAGUGCCAGGAAUCGGUGUCGACGACAUCAAGCUAACGCACAUACCCGAUCUACUAGAGCCAGGAGACGCCGGCAAAUUGGAAGAGCCAGAACGUGAUCUCUAUCCGUGGCACACUUCGGCGGAUAACAUCGGCAGUAGAUUUCUACGCAGUUCAGACGAUCCAUUGAUCUCCGGUGGAACCAACGACAAUCCGCACGAUAAUGAGCUUAGUGUGCCGACGGUCACCCAGUCCAUGUGUCCUUCGCCAACUACACCACCACCGAAGCACCGCCACACGAGCAUCAUUCUAUCGCCAGAGCUACCGGAAACUGGGCUGUCGCCCUUGCCGACACCAUCAAAGGUCGUCUCGGCUGGAUCGCAGCAUCACAAACAGGAUCAACCUCACAAGCGCACAAACAGCGCGCCUAGGGCGCGCCGGAAGGGACCGGUUAAGUUGCGGUUCCAUCAUCAGGCACUGCCGCAGGAGUAUCUUGACCAUUAUAAGGCAACGCAGAAGAACCUGCAUAGGAAGGAAUCCGCACAAAACCAACCGAAGCAAUCGCGCCAUUCGACAAAGCAGACCAUUCAGCAGUCUGCCAAAAAGGUAGUAAUGGAACGGCAGGCGGCCCUGGACCGGGAGGAGCGCGCAAACGAGUCCGUCCGCAGUUGGCUCCAGAAGAUCCUGGAACUGCAAAAGGAAGGUGUGUCGUUAGCUCCACACAGGGAGGAUCUGGUACAACCUGCGCCAAUAUCUCCUGUGAGUGAGAGCAACGGUAGUACGCAGCCGAAGCGCAUCGUAAGCUACACCGAUCUACCGUAUAUGGGCGAGAUUACGCUAGAGAACUCGAAACCAAGGCGAGGCCGGAAACCCAAGAAGGCCGACAUCUGCCAUCUAAUCUACAAGAACUAUGGUACUAUUCUCCCCGGCACUCCUAGUCGAGAGCUUGGGCUAGAGAAGGGUACGAUGGCGAAAGGAUGCUCAAGAUCGGUGGCAAGCCUCCUCGAGCGACGUCUCACGUCGUCCGAUGAGAGGAAAAACCACCUCGAGGCGAGCAAUGGAAAACCUUCCCUAGCGUCGGAGAAAUCCAUCCCUCGGCAAGGAAGACGCAAAGAAGAACCGUUGAAUCUGUGCGUACGUGAUUCUGGAGGAAGCGUUGUCCCGACAGGAGGAGAGUCCUUUAGCAUAUCAAGCUCCGAGGAAGACCCGGACGAGGUGUUUGCGUCUUCAUGCCCAACGCCAAUCAUAACCCCAGCGGAUCUGAGCACAGAUCAGGCGUUGGCCACCAACAUGAAGUUGUCACUGCCCACGCUGCAGUCAUCCUCGGGAAGCACCACGGAGACUCCUUCGACGGCUGAAACCUCUCCAGGAUACAUGUAUUGGACCUCGAGUACUAAUGGUCUUUUUGUGGCGCCUCCAUCGAUGUAUGCAACAGGUCCGGUGACUGCCAGUGAGGAUCCUGGUAGGUUGUUGGAAGACCACGGACGUCCUGCAGCCUGCUCAUCGACUACAUCCUCUCCGCCGAUCUCUCCGAACGGGUUCAAGGGAGCUCAACCACCGCAGUUGCUCGUUCCCAAGCACAUUUCUCAGCUUCUGAAACACGAUAAACCACCUACGCACGGCAGCCAACCACAACGAUCGCCUCCUGUUCAGAAACGCAAGCGAUCGGCCAUCUUCAUCCCGCCAGUGCCGGCUGAAAACAGCUCUAACCCGGCGACGGAAGUUAGCAUCUGCAAGUUCAAGUUCACCGGUGGUGCUAAGCCGUGCCUGCAGGAGAAGAAAAUCCUGAGUGUGGACUCGGGGGGCAACUUCCGGUACUACUCUGGUACGGGUGACAAAUCGAUGCGUGGGUAUGAGUUCUUCCCACGAGAGAGCUUACAACAGAGCAGUAUAAACGCUACCAGCACGACAGGCGCGUUCCUGAACGCAUCUGGUGAACGGAUCGCGUGCGAUCUUCCACCACCAUCGUUGGGACUUAGCAAUGAUCUGCUGCAGAUACCCGAGUUCCCGACGUCACCGCAACCAUGCACAUCACUGCCAGCAGAACCAACGGGUCCAAUUUCACCAGGAGGAAGCCUUCAACAUCGAGUACAUCCAGCAAACAGCGCUUCAGAGCGUCGUCGACGGAAGACUCGUCGGGCCUCGCAGCGUGAAUCGCUCGAGAAAACGUUCAAAGAGAAGGGCUUUCUCAUUCAAACGCAGCAGCUGCAGUCGGCCGAAGGUGCGACCUAUUGUAAAUUCCGCCAAUUACGCAAAUUCACCCGCUAUCUCUUCCGAAGCUGGAAGGACUAUCUGCCAGGGGAACUACAGCAACAGCAGCAAGAGCAGCAUCAGCACCAGCUGCAGCAUCACCAAUUGCAGCAUCCAAUGCACGAGGGAGAGCUACCUGGUGUGAUAGGACCUGCGGUUGAUACGCGACUGCCUUCUCCGGAGGAUUUCACCGCGGACGCGCGAUCUCCGGUGGCUUCCUCGACGAGUAGCGUUCGCACGGAGACGGUCGAUGUUUGCGAGACUUACCGGAGUUCCCCAGCCGUGGAAGUACAUGAGCGAUUAAGACGCAGUCGAAGGACCUCUACGGCGAGCCCAUCGUCGCAGCAUGUCCAUUCCGAAACGCUCGUGAUCGACAGUUCGUACCACCGGCAAAGGAUUCCCUCGCCGAUCGUCGACUAGCGGUUCCGAGCGAAAGAUCUGCUGCCAUUUUUAAUUUAUCUUUUAACGUAUGUUCUACUGUAAUCGACACCACGAGCGUACGACCAACCAAAGAUUACUUUAAAUCCGGUUUAGAUUUUGCCUAGACAGUAAGUUACCCGCUUCGAAGCAACCGGAGACUUGUACAUGCCGGUGACGUGUACGGCUUUUUUGCCAUCAUCUAAUAAACUUACUGCGACGCUAAUGCGCCCCAUGCUAUCUUCGAUUCCGAGCCAACGAAUGCAAUCUAGUCGCUAAAUCAUUUACGCUAGAGUGAGCAAGUGAAACGCUAUAUUAAAGCGAAUUAAACUAUGGCGUCGAUGUGUUGAAGU